AUGGUUGAGCCUGAGGACACUGACAGUCUCUCGGCUGAGAGAGAGGAGCUCCAGACAGACAACCAGGACAUCGAGACAAAAAACGUGAUCCUCGAGUUAGGAAGCCAGGACAUCGAGACAGAAAACGAGACCCUUGAGGGAGGAAAUAUGAACCUCGAGGGAGGAAACCAGGACUUCCAGAGAGAAAACGAAACCCUUGAGGAAGGAAACCAGGACUUCCAGAGAGAGAACGCUACCCUUGAGGGAGGAAACCAGGACUUCCAGAGAGAGAACGCUACCCUUGAGGGAGGAAACCAGGACUUCCAGAGAGAGAACGCUACCCUUGAGGAAGGAAACCAGGACUUCCAGAGAGAGAACGCUACUCUCGAGGAAGGAAACCAGGACUUCCAGAGAGAGAACGCUACCCUUGAUGUAGGAAACCAGGACUUCCAGAGAGAGAACGCUACCCUUGAGGAAGGAAACCAGGACUUCCAGAGAGAGAACGCUACUCUCGAGGAAGGAAACCAGGACUUCCAGAGAGAGAACGCUACCCUUGUGGAAGGAAACCAGGACUUCCAGAGAGAGAACGCUACUCUCGAGGAAGGAAACCAGGACUUCCAGAGAGAAAACGAAACCCUCAAGGUAGGAGACCAGGACUUCCAGAGAGAGAACGCUACCCUCGAGGUAGGAAACCAGGACCUCCAGAGAGAAAACUUGAUCCUCGAGGUAGGAAACCAGGACUUCCAGAGUGAAAACUUGAUCCUUGAGGUAGGAAACCAGGACUUCCAGAGAGAAAACUUGAUCCUCGAGCUAGGAAACCAGGACUUCGAGAGAGGAAACUUGAUCCUCGAGGUAGGAAACCAGGACUUCCCGAGAGGAAACUUGAUCCUCGAGGUAGGAAACCAGGACUUCCAGAGAGAAAACUUGAUCCUCGAGGAAGGAAACCAGGACUUCCAGAGAGAAAACUUGAUCCUUGAGGUAGGAGACCAGGACUUCCAGAGAGAAAACUUGAUCCUCGAGGUAGGAGACCAGGACUUCCAGAGAGAAAACUUCACCCUCAAGGCAGGCAAUCAGAAACUCCUGAGAGAAAACGUGAUACUCGAGGCAGGCAAUCAGAAACUCCGGAGAGAAAAGCAGUGUCUCCUGAGACAAAAUAAGAAAAUCCAGAGAGAACACGUAUAUGCCCACACAGAAAAAGAGCAUGUCCAGAGACAAAACCAAGUCCUCGGAAGACAAAAUGUGGUCCUCCUGAAAGAAUCACAGGACGUCCAGAGACAAAAUCAGGAGCAACAGAAAAAAUACCGGGACCUCCAAAGAGAAACACAGGACGUUCAGAAAGAAAAUCUGUCUCUCCAGAGAGAAAACCAGGAAAUCCACAAAGUAAACUGUGACAUCGAGAAAGAGAAGCAGGAUCACCAGAAAACAGGACCAAACUUCUCACUGUGCCAGCACGUGUCUCUAAGCCUCAUAGAGAGUUCGCACAAGGCGUCUCACCAGGCCAGCGGGUGUCGUCCAGGCUGGUUUGGGAGGAACACGUGUCAGCGGAUUGACCCGCUGGUAGAUGGAGGCUGUCAGGGGAGAUGCAGCAGGGUCAUGGUGGCAUGUGACACGGUGAUGGACACGAGGACGGCGACAGCUGAGCUCGGGUGGAUCUCCUUCCCUGCCAAUGGAUGGGAGGAGGUGAGCGGCUACGACGAGAACCUCAACACCAUCCGGACGUACCAGGUGUGCAACGUGUUCGAGCCCAGCCAGAACAACUGGCUCCUCACCACCUACAUCGACCGGCGGGCGGCGCAGAGGAUCUACGUGGAGAUCCGCUUCACCGUGCGGGACUGCGCCUCCAUCCCCAGCGUCCUGGGCUCCUGCAAGGAGACCUUCAACCUCUACUACCUGGAGACGGACAGGACCGUGUCCGAGGGCAUCAAGGGGGUCGAGUACUGGGCCAACGCGCCUUUUCUCAAGGUGGACACCAUCGCAGCGGAUGAGAGUUUCUCCCAGGUGGAUUUCGGAGGGAGGCUAAUGAAGGUGAACACUGAAGUGCGGAGCUUCGGGCCGCUGUCCAAAGGCAGAGGCUUCCACUUGGCCUUCCAGGACCUGGGGGCCUGCAUGUCCCUGCUGGCUGUCAGAGUGUUCUACAAGAAAUGUCCCAGCGUGGUGCAGAACUUUGCCUUUUUCCCAGAGACGCUGACUGGAGCCGAGUCCACCUCAUUAGUCAUUGCCAGAGGAAGCUGCAUCCUCAACGCGGAGGAGGUGGACGUGCCAAUAAAGCUUUACUGUAACGGAGAUGGAGAGUGGAUGGUUCCCAUCGGCAGCUGCAGCUGCAAGCAGGGUUACGAGCCGGACAAUGGCAACGUGUGCAGAGCCUGUCCUCAGGGCACCUUUAAGUCCUUCCAGGGGGGGGGAUUGUGUCAGCAGUGUCCGCUCAACAGCCGCUCCACCAUCGAGGCGGCCCCCCUCUGCGGCUGCUGGAACGGCUUCUACCGCGGCGACAUGGACAAACCUGAGGACGUGUGCACCAGUGUCCCCUCAGCUCCUCGCAAUCUGGUCUCGGUCGUCAACCAGACGUCGGUGCUGCUGGAGUGGCACACGCCGCGGGACACGGGUCACCGCGGCGACCUGUCCUACAACGUGGUGUGCCGCCGCUGCCACAGCAACGAGCGCCGGGCGUGCCAGCCGUGUGACGACGGCGUGGUGUUCCUCCCGGGGAAGCGGCGGCUGAAGGACACGAUGGCGGAGAUCAGCAAGCUGCGGGCGCACACGUCCUACACCUUCGACGUACAGGCAAUCAAUGGAGUCUCCAACAAGAGCCCUUACCCCGCCCAGCAUCUGUCUAUCAACAUAACAACCAAUCAGGCUGCUCCCUCAGUAGUUCCCAUAAUGCACCAAGUCAGCUCAACCAGCCGCAGUUUCUCGUUGUCAUGGCCACCACCUGAACAGCCCAACGGAAUUAUCCUCGACUACGAGAUACGAUACUUUGACAAGUCCCAGUCAUCGCUCCUGAACAGCUCCGUGAUCCAGAGCGAGACGCCCAACAUGGUCCUGGAGGGACUGAGGCCUGGAACCGGCUACGUGGUCCAGGUGAGGGCCCGCACUGUGGCCGGCUACGGAGCCUACAGCAGAGAGAUGCUCUUCCAAACACUCACCGACGAUGAAUAUAAGUCAGAGCUGGGACAGCAGCUCUCCAUGAUUGCCGGCUCUUUAGUGGCUGGAGUGUGUAUCGUCUCAUUGGUUGCUAUAGCCAUCAUCUGUUCCAGGAGACGGCAGCUGAAGGAGAGUUUGUACGGUGACAAGCUGCCGCAGUACAACACAGGAGAACCGACUCUGAGGCCUGACAUGUUCAGCGGGCCCACCCCCACCGUGACCUUUCCCACCCUGUCUGAGGGUCACAGUUCACCGGGGGUCAAGAUCUACAUCGACCCCUUCACCUACGAGGACCCCAACGAGGCUGUGCGGGAGUUCGCCAAGGAAAUCGACCCGUCCUGUGUGAAGAUCGAGGAAGUGGUCGGAUCAGGUGAGUUUGGCGAGGUGUACAAAGGCCGCCUGAAGCCCGUUGGGAAAAAGGAAAUAUCCGUGGCCAUCAAGACCCUGAAGGUGGGCUACUCCGAGAGGCAGAGGCGGGACUUCCUGUCCGAGGCGUCCAUCAUGGGCCAGUUUGACCAACCGAACAUCAUCAGACUGGAGGGCGUGGUCACCAAGAGCAGGCCCACGAUGAUCAUCACGGAGAUGAUGGAGAACGGAGCUCUGGACUCGUUUCUCCGGCAGAAUGAUGGCCAGUUCUCAGUGAUCCAGCUGGUUGGUAUGCUGAGGGGCAUCGCGUCUGGAAUGAGGUACCUGGCGGAGAUGAGCUAUGUUCACCGGGACCUGGCAGCUCGAAACAUCCUGGUGAACAGUAACCUGGUGUGUAAGGUGUCCGACUUUGGCCUCUCACGCUAUCUGGAGGAGGACACCUCUGACCCCACCUACACCAGCUCACUGGGCGGUAAAAUCCCCGUGCGCUGGACGGCUCCGGAGGCGAUCGCCUACAGGAAGUUCACGUCCGCCUCAGACGUGUGGAGUUACGGGAUCGUCACCUGGGAGGUGAUGGCGUACGGAGAGAGACCUUACUGGGACAUGAGCAACCAAGAUGUGAUAAACGCCAUCGAGCAGGACUUCCGGCUGCCGGCGCCGAUGGACUGCCCGGUCGUGCUGCACCAGCUGAUGCUGGACUGUUGGCAGAAGGACAGGAACGCUCGGCCAAAGUUCCCCGAUAUCGUCAGCAUGUUGGACAAGAUGAUCCGCAACCCGGCCUCCCUCAAAGCCGGCACCAACAACAUGGCCCCUGGUCCGUCCCAUCACCCCCUGCUGGACCGAGGAGCUCCGGACCUGAGCCGGCUGAGCUCGGUGGAGGACUGGCUGGCCGCUCUGAAGAUGACCCAGUACCGAGACUCCUUCCUGGGCUCCGGUUUCACGUCUUUGCCGCUCGUCACACAAAUCACAGCUGAAGACCUUCAGAGAAUCGGAGUGUCUCUCGCCGGACACCAGAAGAAGAUCCUGACCAGUGUCCAGACGAUGAUGCACCAUGACGACGAUGACCAGUCUCCCACUGAAUCCGUGUGA